UUCGCCCUGGCUUUCCUCCUCGUCCGCUGCCUCAAAUGGGUGUGAUUCCGCAAAUUCUUCGACCUCCUAUUCCUGGAAUUCGUGGUCCUCCUGUGGUUUCUCCAGUUGUCAGGCCUGUUGUUCCUGCUGUUGCAACUGAGAAACCACAAACAACAGUGUAUGUUAGCAAGAUAGCUCCAACUGUUGAUAAUGAUUUUCUCCUCUCUCUUCUUCGACUUUGUGGACCAGUGAAGAGUUGGAAACGUGCUCAAAAUCCCUCUGAUGGCUCUCCUACAAGUUUUGGCUUUUGUGAAUUUGAAGCUGCUGAAGGAAUUCUUCGAUUUCUACGUCUACUAACUAAGUUGAACAUUGAUGGACAAGAGCUGGGGGUAAGGUGGUUUCUCUGUCUCUUUAGAUAUAAUUUUUGGCAUGCUAUGGAAAUCUCAUAGCUUGAUCAUAACAGA